GAUGCAGGAAGGGUGGCGGAGGGGCUGCGGAGCCAGAACAUGUGACAGCAGAAUCUGAUGCCAUCAGUGGGUCCGCCGUAUGUAGGUACCUACAUACCCAGUACACUCUUCCGUAACGGCAGCUUCUGCUUCCGCUCAGAGCUGCGGCGCGGCACAAACAGAGCGGGGACAGCGGUAUCUUCCUUCGGGGAUGCAGAAGAGAGGUCCGCGGUUGGGAGCUUGACUGCCUGCAGGGAGGUCAACAGGGAGACUGUGGGGAGCGCGCAUCCGGAAUGGCGGGCGCCCAGUCCAAGCGAGUCGUCGAAUAUUGGGUGCGGCGGCUGUCAGAGCCCGAAAGGGAUGCUGCAGGACAUGGACGAGGCAUGUGGAGUCGCGAGUGCUUCGCCCGGCGAUCGCCUGGGGGCGGCGAGCAAUAAUGCGCAUUGUAUUGGCUGCCCAGUAGUUAUUGCCAUCUGCUCUUCUCACACUUUCAGGUGGCUCGGGCGAGAGGAUCGCGAGGGCAGAAGACGCGCUGAUCGCGGUGGGAGGACACCCUCGGUGGCGUUGCAAACAAACCCUCGCGUCGUAACUCCCAUCCCGAGUACCUGCCUUUAGGAAGUCCUCUGCGCGGAGUGCUUGGCGUGUGUGGUUCGAGGUCCGAAGGUGCAUGUCGGCAGCGUCGUGUGCUGCAGGCUGCUGCAGGC